CGCGUAUUGGAUUGUAAGUUUACGUCCGCACUGUAGAAAGUUGCUCUUUAGGUCAACAACGUUGGGCCGGCCUGCGCUUAUCUCGGUCAGGUGGAUACAGCUUCCCUGAUAUGCUCAUAAGCUUUUGAACAUUGAAGAUUUAAGAGUGAACACAUUACAGCUGUUGGGACUCUAGCUGUGCAUCGCUAGUCUCCUAUUAACUAUGAACGUCAAACAUACAUUGCAUACGUUUCUGAAGUCUGCAGUGGAGACGUUUGCUCCGCCUCUGUCCAAAAGCCAAUUCGAGGAGAAGCGGGUUCUCACACCAGAUGAGUUCGUAGCUGCUGGUGACUACCUGGUUCACGCCUGCCCGACUUGGUCAUGGGAGGGCGGGGAUCCAAAGAAGCGGCGCUCAUACUUCCCGCCCGAGAAGCAAUUCCUAGUGACACGAAAUGUUCCCUGCCUGAGGCGCGCGGGCGAGGUGGAGGGCGGCUACAACCCCAACCUUGAGUUCGCAGUGGAGGGCGGCGAGGCGGGCGAGGAGGGCUGGGUGGCCACCCACCAGGACCCCUCUGCUGCUGGUGGUGCUGGCGACGGUUCGUCCGCAGGUGCAGGGCGGGGAGGAGCUGCGCAGGGGCGAGGAGGACGAGGAGGUGGAGACGAGGAGGACAUUCCGGACCUGGAUGAUGCGGCAGCGGGGACAGCGGGCAGGGCGGGAGGAGCAGCAUGCGGGCGGGGCGAGGGGGACAUUCCUGAUAUCACGGACCUAGAGCUCGAUGAGGGGGAGGAUGAGGCCGCCGCCCCCACCGGCCGUACGGCAGCCGCUGCAGCCGUUUCGUCGUACCUGCGGUCCGAGGAGCCGGCGGACGACAACAUCGUACGAACCCGCACGUACGACUUGUACAUCACGUACGACCAGUACUACCAGGUUCCCCGCUUCUGGCUGGUGGGGUUCGAUGAGUCGCGCCAGCCGCUGCUGCCCAAGCAGGUUCUCGAGGACGUGUCUGAGGAGCACGCGCGCAAGACGGUGACGGUGGACCCGCACCCGCACCUGGGGGGCGGCCUGUGCGCCGCCUCCAUCCACCCCUGCCGCCACGCCGACGUCAUGAAGCGGCUGGUGGACCGGCUGGUGGAGGCGGGGCGGGAGUUCAGGGUGGAGCAGUACCUGGUGCUGUUCCUCAAGUUCAUCGCCUCCGUCGUACCCACCAUCCAGUACGACUACACCAUGUCAGUGGGCGGCGAGUGAGGAGGUGGCAGGCAGGUGGACUGCUGGCUGCUUGGCUUGCCGCUGUCCUGCUGCGGCUUCUCUGCUGCCGCCGGGGCCCUGCUGCUGUCGGCGCAUGCGACGCCAUGAGGAGCCGUCACCAGGCGCCCGGGUGGUGACGACGACGACGUGUAUUAAGAAAACUGGCCGCGAGUCGGAACGUAUUGUGACGACGUGUGUGUGCAUACGAGCCAGCAGCCUUUGUAACAGUACCUAGCGUUUGGCGGUGUUUGUACGACGUGUGUGUAGGGGCCCUUGUGUGCCGUACGGGUGUUCGGGUGUACGACAAAAGGUAGCUAUACACGGCUGCUGCAGUUGUUUGACGCUUGUUUUGUUGGUGGUGUACCGCAGCUAACAGUGCCCUGCAAGCACCGUAGUCGUACGUUGGGAGUUAUUCGGUUCAUGUGACGCCGUGCGCGUCAAAAUGGAGAGAUGCCUGCUGUGGUGGAGGGUGUACGACAGUGGACGGCAGAUGUACGGAUUGGCGGUACGACAAGGCUAGCUACGCUUGGCAAGAGGGAAGGAAAGCUCCUGAGGGCGGGCGGUGGCUUAUUGUUUGCUUGGCCGAUUCUUCUAGUUUUCCACUGCUGUAAUGCGUGCAGGAAUAGUUGCUUUCGGAGAUUGUCUUGACCAUUGGACACAGAAGCACAUCAGUAGAUUGCAGAGAGGCGACAAGCCAGGGAAGCGGGAAGGGGUCUCUCCAUCCCUCCCUCUUCUGAAAGGAUCAACAGUAAACAGGGC